UCAGACUGCAUAGAUAUUUGUAUAUUCAUGAAGAGGUGGGGUUUUGCACACAGAGGAGAGAGAGAAGCCAUGUUUUGGAGCUUGGUGAAUAAGGGGGGGCCGUGUGAGCUGAGAAUCUGAUGACAUCCAGGUGUGAAAGCGUCCCUCAGUAACCAGAGAUUGCUGCCAGGAAUGCUGAUGAGAUUGCUGCCAGGAAUGCUGAUUAGAUUGCUGCCAGGAAGGCUGAUGAGAGCAGAGGAACUAAGCAAAAUAUACGGCAAGACCGCAUGCUUAGUCACCAGCGGAUACAAAGCA